AUGAGAGGUCCAAAGGAUCCAGUAGUGGCCACUCUGGCCAAUCGGUCUGGAGUUGUGCAUCCGUAUUCUUCCGUGGCCAUGUCGGCCAACCGAAAACACGCCAUUGUGGCUGGCAAGGAUACGUUGCACCUUAUGGAAGUCAGUCCUCGAGGACUUGCGCCUAUUCGAUCCAUGAGAAUCAAUCAGCACUUUCAAACACCCGCUCAACAAGACUCCAUGGCCAAAAUCUACGAAGACAGCAGCAACAAGCAGCGAGGAUCCUUUGUACGUGAUACUUUUGGCUCCAUGGUCGCAGCCAAUAUACACAACAACAAUACCAACAGACCGGCAGCACCCACCAACAUGAGCAGUGCCAUCAUCACAGACGUUGCUUGGAGCAAGCCACAACCGCAGAAAUACAAUCAUCGGGGAGAAACCGUGGGAAGCAAUGCCGAAAUGGGACCAGAAGACAAUCACCCGGAUUCUUCGUCGGCAACCAACAAUCCCAGUGGAACAAAAGUCGAAGAAAUGGAUUCCAUCGUGGCAGCGGCGGGAUCCAAUGGCGUCGUUGUAGUAUGGAGUGCCAGGAAGGCUUUCCUCUCGGAUGGUGAUGGGACUUCCAACGCCAUGGUCAAUCAGCAACCCGAAGCCAUUCUUAGUCAACAUACAAGGGCCGUCAACCGGUUGGCAUGGCAUCCAAAGAGACCAGGGCUGCUACUCACCGCUUCUCAGGACGCCACGGUGAAACUAUGGGUUCGUCGCAAGCUGGCCAAGACAGGAGGGGCUGCAAAUUCGCAACAGCUCAGAUCGUGGUUUCGAUUCAAUGCUGCUCCAUCACCAGAUGAACAAUCCUUCUCCUGGCAGUGCAGAGUCACAUUCGAACCAAAGAGUGAAGCUGUUCGAGAUAUUCGGUGGAGUCCAAUUCACGAUGACACGUUUGCGUUGGUCACUAGUAGUGGACUGCUCAUAGUAUAUAACAUGUUCGUGCCUUCCAGGCCUCUCGUCAAAAUAUCGGCACAUGCCGGGGAUGCUACAACCCUCGAUUGGCAUCCCAUCAGAUCUUAUGUCAUUGCCACGGGAGGGGCGGGGGAUCGAUGUGUCAAGGUUUGGGAUCUCGAAAACAGCUUGGCAAUGGCAAAAGAUGAUAGCAACAUGGCCGCAAACUCCAACACAGCAAACAGCAGGACAGAUUCCAUUGCGACAGAAAGUUCCAGCGAGACGGAUCGCUCAGGAUACGCAUCGUCAACCAUUGGAUCUACUUCGGCCCAAGCUGUGGCAAUGAGGUCGCAAUCGUUUUCUCUAUUGAACUCGUCACGCAGCAAGGCGAGUUCCGUGACCAUGUUGCACGUUUUGACAGUAUCUGCAACCGUCACCAGACUAAAGUGGAGGCCUCCAGCCAUGGAAUCUUUGCUCUCCGACCAGGGCAGCACUGAUCGCCAUGAAUCCAUGCUAGCUGUUGCGACAGCUCCCAUCAAAGGAGUGAAUGCAGGUGGUUCGGGUCUCCUGGGCUUGUGGUCUACAAACCGACCGUUCAUGCCUUUGAGUGUCGUAGAUGGACAUACAGCAGGAGCCGUUGUAGAUUUCUUUUGGCUCGAUACCCCCAAUCCUGACUCACAACGAAACAUCAUGAGGGCUCAUCAGAACCAACCCACACAGGAGAACCGUCGAGGCUGGAAGGCUGCAGAAGACGGAGAUGGCGGACAAAAGCGUAGUCAACGUGCCAGAGGAAUAUCUCCUCAUGACGCUGAUACUCCAUCUUCAGUCUACGAGAAGCCAGACGGAGAGGAUCAUCGUGAGAGUUUUCAAGAUGAGGGUCUUCGUGUUUGGCAGCAUGUUCUCAGUGUCGGACGCGAUGGGCACUGCUUGAUUCAGAGUUUCGCACGAGGCGACAGACCGAUCUCUCGUGUGCCGCCAUCGUGUUUCGCCAUCGCCAACAAAUCUCCUUUCUCGAAGGGAUUUGGCUCAUUACAGAUUUGCUCUGUUCACCAGCACGUGCCCUCUAGCUCGAAGUACGACUACGGGUUGGCUGGCCUUAGGCAGGAUUCUGUCACGGCUCGUGCCCCGGGAGUGUUUCGUGAGAUUCCGGACAGCAAGGAUGUUGUUCUUGAGCGUGAUAAAUCAAUCGCAGGUAAACGUUUACCAGAAAAGGCGCCAGAGCUUGUCUUUCAGGUUGUCGAUGGAGGGGAGAUGGACGGUUCCACUCCAGUGGCAGCAAAUGAAAAGGCGAUUACUGUGGCCCCUGAAGUUGUGCACCUCUCACGCUUCGCCAAGGGCUACAAGCUUCAUCCCGACAAUGAGUUGAGUUCCAGGGUUGAGUUGUGCCUGCACAACGGUUCGGUUGCAGAGAGCCUCCAAUGUAUCAAUCUCGCACGCAUGUGGAGGACAGUGGCUGAAAUCCUGAGGGGUUCGGGUCUCGACGAGUUGCCUGAAAAGAAUUCACAACCAGAAAAUGUCAUGCAGUUCGUCCUUUUACCGACGAUCAAGUCAUUGUUGCUGGAACGAGCGGACGCUGGUGAUGUCCAAACCUGUGUCUCACUCUGCGAAGUCUUGCAAGUCAUCGAGCCAGAUGAAACAACACGAAUACCAGGACUGAGCGUGAACCUUAUUCCUUCAUUGGUGCUCUCAAUCAGCAGUCCACCACUAUCCAUGAAUGCUGCCCGCGAUGUGGAAAGGCACUGUUGGCUGAUGGUAAUAUCAGCACUGGCCAAGCACGGAGAGAAUGCAAAAGUUGUCGAAGAAGAAUUGGACUAUGUUUCUUAUGCCACGAACCUGUCAAAGGGAUGUUUGUAUGGUGUCCUGGUUGCGGUCAUGGUGGGCACCUUGAGCACGCCUUGCAAUGGUUCGGCGGUUUGCUCCCAGGUGCUGUCCGUGAAGUCUGCCCCACUGGAUGUGGCCACAAAUGUAAUUUCAUGCAGCAACUCAGUGCCUUCCCAAGGACAACUUCAAUGCAGAGUUUAA